UGCAGGGUGGCGGCGGCGGCAACUCUACGGAGCUGCUGGGGACGUCCCCCGGCAUGUCGCAGCUCAACGCGCUGAGCACGCAGGGCGACUCCUACACCUACCAGGCGGCGGACGGCCAGUGGGUGUUCCUCAACAGGGCAAGGCCACAUUUCCUGUCCCACCUGCCCCUGUCUGGCGCCUUCUGCCUAGUGGAGCUGGCGCUGCCUCCCGCCGGGCUGCCGCCGGAGGCUUUGGCGUCGUUUGCAGACGAGCUGGCGGCGCGCGAGAAGCGGUGAUGCCGCCAGCGGGCGGAGGAGCGACGCCAGGCCGCCACCGACUUGGCGGCAGCGGCGCGCGUCGCUGCGGCGCAACUGCGCCCAACAGCGGAGGAGCUGGCGGCAAUGCCGAGCCUUGCGCUGGCGGCCUGCGGUGGUGCUGGCGGCGCGGCGGUUCUUCGUUGGCCUGAUGGCGAUGGCGGGUAUGGUGGCGGCGGUGCUGGCGAGAGAGAUGGCACUGUCGCCAUCAGAGGAAGCGGAGAGCAUCGCGCUGCAGGCGAUGAUUGAGGACGCCGCAGCAGCGACCGGCGGCAGCGGGUCGGCAGGCACCAACGCCAGCGGCUGAGGCAUCUCGUUUGCACACAUCACCAAGAUGGGGUUUGCGGCGACGAGGCCAGUGCUGGGCACGAGCCCGCCGCUGACGGCAGCUGGCCUGGGCGGCACGGCAGCAGCCAUGCCGGCGCCAAUGGCAACGGCCGUGCCGGCCCCGAUGCGGUGUGUGGGCAAAGGCUAGCAGCGCCGCCGCCAAGGCGGGCGUGCCGCCACCGGUGCCGAUGGCUGGCGGCGCCGCCGGGAAGGUCACGGACACGGUGGAGGCGGCCGGCGGCCGCAACAAGGGCAAAGGGGGCAAGGCCACGCUGCUAUUCACCAUGGGCAAUGCGUGCAAGUAUUAGGGUGCGGGCCGUGGGUUAUGGGGAUGCGGGGGGUUGUAGGGGUUUUGAAGAGAGGAGAGAGAAGCUUCAAAUGGCCGCAACAGGGCAGCGCAGCAGCUGUUGGAAAAGAGCAUAGGCGCAGAGGUGCAUUGCGGGUCGCCUUCCGCAAAACACUAGGGGCAGUACACUGUGGGCAUGUAGGCAUGAUGCAAGCGUGGGAAUGCCCGUUGGCGUGCAAAUCUGGGAUCUUGUUUGGGAGGACUGCGGUGCACCUAGUAGUACCUAAGAAAACAGGCAGGCGGUAGGUUCUGUGCCUUGGGUAGGAGUGCGCAGAGGAGCAUACCACGUGCGCUUCCGCCAUGGACAUACCUGCAACUAUGAAUGCCACAACGGCAAACAGGGCAAGGGUGCAUUGGAGGGCGCAGUCGGCCCUGGGGCUCGGGGAGGUUACCCCGCCAUGGCUCAUCUGGCACAGACAGCCG